ACACUCCUAGAUUACCCAUAAUUCCAUUUAUGAACACGGAAGCUUCUGCGAACUUGGACAAAAUUGUACAAAAUGUCAACGUUGGAACUUCUUUUCGAAAAUGAAAUUCCUGCUGGAAGACAGGCUUUACAGGACAGUCAUCACAACUUGCAAGAUGUGGCUAAUUAUUGCGAAGAUAAUUACCGGAAGGCCUCUGAUAAGAGGAGAGCACUUGAGGAAACAAAGAACUUCACCACUCAAUCUCUUGCCAGUGUGGCAUAUCAGAUCAACACACUUGCUACCAGUAUGUUGCAGAUGCUAGAUCUUCAAGCCACACAGCUGGCCAACAUGGAGUCUAGCAUCAAUCACAUAGCACAGAAUGUUGCCAUCCACAAGGAGAAAGUAGCACGUCGAGAGAUUGGUGUGUUAACCACCAAUAAGAAUUGCCCUCGCACUCAUAAGGUUGUCACACCACCCAAUCCUGAGAAGCAGCUUAAGUAUAAGUCCACUCCCAUUGAUUUUUCAGCUCUGGAUGACGUAGGUCAUGGUCUCAAACUUAGUUCUCCUUCAACAACGUCAGGUAGACCACGAACAGAUUCACAAGCAAGCACUUCUACAUCUAACAGUGGUGGUGGUGGAGCAUAUGAAGCAUUGCCAGUUUACCAGCCACGACUGGAUGACCCGUACAACUCCAUGCGUAGACGAAUGCCCAAUCACCCACCAGUUGCACCAACUGUACCACCACAGUAUAUGUCUAUUGGUAAAGUGGGCAUGCGGGAUUCUCACCACGGGGCGCCACCAAAGGAAAGGCCAUCGAUUCCAGGAUACAUGCAGGGACAACCAGACCCAAAUGUACCUGCAGCCCCACCCCCUCCACCAAACAUGCCAGGUACACACCCUGGUAUGGCACCAGUCGGCCAAGUGCCACCUCCACCACCUGUCAUGAGUGGGCCUCCACAUACUAACAUGGGCCAACCACCACCACCUAAUAUGGGACCUCCUGCCCCUCCUGCACCCCCAAUAGGAGGUAUGAUGCCCCCAGCACCAUCACCUGCACCAGCUGUACAUCAGCUACCUCCAGCAACACACCAACCACCCCCAGCAGCCCAACAACCACCCCCGCAGCAACAGCCAAAUUUUGCUGCCCAGCUGAACCAAGCUAUUGGAAUGAGGCCAGGUGCAGGAGAAGCCCAACGUAACUCCAUUAACCCAUAUGGGGAUAUCGGGAUGCCUCCACCACCUGAUAUGGGAGCCUCAGAUCUGCCACCUCCUCCUAUGGAUUCUAUGGUAUAUAGCCAAGACAGUGUGGUGAUGCCUCCACCUCCAGAGUUUGAACAGGUGGAUGAUGACCAGUUUGUUCCCACGCAGUACAUUGAGAAAGUUGUUGCAGUGUUUGAAUACGUUGCAGACAGGGAGGAUGAGCUUUCAUUUGAAGAAGGAGCAAUCGUCUAUGUCUUGAAAAAGAACGAGGAUGGCUGGUAUGAAGGGAUCUGUCAGGGUUUGACUGGUCUCUUCCCGGGUAACUAUGUUGAACUUUGUCCAUAGACAGACACACUCUGCCCCAACAGAUUCUCAACGCCAUUACAGAGAUGGAUGUAGGGCAAACUCACAGUGGCUCCUGUUCGAUUUGCCCAUACUUAAUUUUUCUGAAGAUGUACAGUCAGGGUAAUUUUCACUUGGAAAGAUGUCAUGGAAUCUGGGUUGUGUUUCACAAAGAGCUAAAAUCACUCUUAAAGGGAUGGUCUGGGCUGGAGAUAUUUAUAUCUCAAUAAAUAGAGUAAAAUUCACAAAGCAAAACGCUGAAAAUUUAAUCAAAAUCGGAUAACAAAUAACAAAGUUAUUGAAUUGUAAAGAUUUGCAUCAUUCCGGUGAAAAAGUUCUGGCAUGUCUUUAUGAAUAUUCAUUAGGUGGGCUGAUGAUAUCAUAUCUCCACUUGUUCUUUUGUGUUUUAUUAUAUGAAAUGAGGUUUAUUCACAAUUUUUUUACCAAGAACUAAAACAAUUGGAUUGACAACUGAUUAAGUCCCAUUAGUUAUUUAUUUCCGCACCUUAUUUCAUCAUAAUGGAGACACAUCACUUUCACAUGUAAGAAAAAUGGAAGCAUUUAUAAUUUAAUGUAAUAAUAUAAGAAAAAGGAAAGUGGGGAUGUGACAUCAUCAGCCUACCUAAUGAAUAUUCAUGACGAUGUGCAUAUAACUGUUUUCACAAAAUAUUGAUAAACUUUAAAAUUCAAUAACUUUGUUAUUUGUCAUCCGAUUUUGACGAACUUUUCAGCAUUUUGCUUUGUGAAUUUAACUCUAUUUAUUUAGAUAUAAAUGUUUUCAGCCCGGCCUAUCCCUUUAAAUCCAAGAUGUGUGUUAUAUAUAAUGAUUGGUAAUAUUGUAUUAAAGAGAUGCCCAUGGAUGAUGAAAUUACCCUUAUGCGCAUUGUUGCUAAGGCAUUACUUGAUUUAUAUUAAACUCUGUGAAACAGUCCCUAGGUGAAGGGUUGGGGUAAGGGGUGGGGGGAGGGGGGUAAUAAUAUCUACACCUUCAAAACUUUGUCUCUGCGUGUUUAGUUCAUUUUUCAUUGUUACAUUGUACCCUUCUGAAGAGUCUGAUUUUACAGUGGUGGCUAUUUUUCUUCAAAAUUAUGUAUACUUAAUUAUUAAAGGGGAAUCCAACCCAAAUAAAAACUUGUUUUUAUAAGAAAAAGAAAAAUCAGACAAGUUGAUAGGUGAAAGUUUGAACAAUAUCGGACAAACAACAAGAAAGUUAUGAAUUUUUAAAAGUUGUAAAUAUUGGUAAUCACUAUACCCAUAAAGACUUCAAAUUGGCCGCAUAUGGGAUGUCAUAGUGAUGUAAGGCAAGGACUACUCUUCCAUGUACUCCAAUACAUAUUAUGGCUAAAAUGUCAUUUUUCCCAAAAGUCUUAUUUCAAAUUAUAUUUUUCUUUCAUGAUGACAUAAAACAAUAUACUACAUGGGUUAUAUUUAGAUUACUGCCCCAGGGGAAUGGGUACUUAGAAGAAAACCACAAAUCCCUGAUAAUAAAGUACAUGGCCUAUGGGAAAGUUGUCCUUGCCCCUUGUCAUGAUUUACUUACCCAGUUGCCAAUUUGAAAUCUACAUAGUAUUAGAGAUCUCAAUUUUAAAGCAGCUAUAACUUUCUUAUUGCUUGUCCGAUUUCUUUCAAGCUUUCACCAUUCUGUUUAAUUUAUUUUUCUCCUUCCCAACACAUCAUUCAAUGGCCAAGGCUGGAUUCCCCUUUAAGGUGAUGGAUCAUGGUUAUUAUGUAUAUAUUGUAUAUUUAACUCAAAUGUACAUGUAAUAGCUAAAUCAGCUCAUGUGUGUCCCACAUAUUUUCAUGAAAAGAUAUGCAAUUGUAAUAGUCCAUGCAUUUAUCAUGUACAUGUAAAAAUACACAUAGAGUUGAUGACUUCCUGUACAGGCAUGGAGUUGCAAGAAUCAACUUCAUAGCCAGGAUUUAAGUUUGGAGGGGGACGGUAUGUGCACGCAUAACAUGCCAACACUUACGCUCCCUAGGGGGGAGGGUGCAGGGAGGGGGAGUCUUUGGUAACCACAGAGUCCUGUGGGGUCUUAUCUGGAUACUUUUAUGUUACAUGUUUAAAAAAAAAGUUUUAUCCCAGUACCAACUUUAUUUGAAUAAAAAGAUAAAAUUAAAAAAAUAUGACACAGAAAAAUUUCAUCAAAAUAAGAAAGGUGCCUUGAUCCCAUUGCAUACAUGUAUUUGUUAAUAUUGAUUACAUGAUUACAUUCUAGUGCAUAUACUGUACAUAUACACAGCUUAGAUUCUUCUGCAUACAUGUAUAAUGGUGAAAUCUAGUGUUACAUCCAUUUGUUAUUUUGUACUAUCAUUAGGUGUUUUUCCUACAAGAAAAUAUAUCAUGUAUAGGUCAGAUCGAGCCAAACAUAAAGAAUUUUAUGGUUUAUAAGCAAAUAGUAAUAAGUUUAUAGCUGUGUUUUGAUUAUUAUAUAUACAUGUAGUAAUGUACAAUAGUAUUCGUUCUUGUAAUUACAUGAAUAGAGAAUGGCAAGACGCCAUGUUUUUACCAUUAUGAUACAGUUGCAAUUCAUAAUUUUAUGCAAGACUGCAUCAGUUAAAUCUUGAAAGUAAGAGACAAGUUGGUUUAUUCAGAAUAUUUUUGUCUGUAUCUGAAUACAUAUGAUCUGAACAUUAUGUAGCGCUUCUUCAUGUAUAAACAUGCUUAAAGCACUUUAUAAUAUAACAUAAUUCAGUGAAUAAUGCUACUCCUCAAGUUCUUGCGAUAUAUGAAGUGGGUGUUACAGAAAAAAUAGAUAGGGUUUAGCUUGUUUUUGAAUAGUUGUACAGAAGGACGUGAAUGUAUGUUGCUCGGGUUAUUUAUGCACCUGGAUCCUUUCCAGUGUGAAAAUAUAUUGCUAGCUGAAUCAAGAAUAAAUUAUACCCUUCCUUUUAUAGCACUUUUACCUUGCUGAACUUGGUGGUGUUUUAUGUUACAGCAUAUUAUUCAGAAGGUUUGCUAUUCCAAAAGUUAUCAAAAAGUUUGAUAUUCUGAAAUUCCAUUAGUCCAAAGGUCCAUUAUCCAAAUAUUUGUUAUUCCAAAAUAAAAUAUGAUAUGUCAUUCCACUGGUUGAUAGGCAGAAAAUGAAGGAAGACUUCUAAUAGUUCAUUAAUUCUUUUUGUACCAACAAAACCUUAAUUCAUUUUAGGACUUACUCAACCUUUAGAAUAAGAAACCUUAUGUUAUUAAAUGUUUUGAGUUACAAACCUGAUUUCAUUGUCAGGUCUACAAACUUCUGGAAUAAUGCCACAAAUAUUUGGAGUAGCAAACCCUUUUUCAUUUUUGGACUUACAUCAUCUCCAAAGUACUGUAUACAGAUUCAUAGAGCUGUUUGCAAUCUAAACUGAGUUCCAAAAGAAACUUGCCAAAAACUUCACAAGCGCACUACACAAAUUCCACUCAGUCAAAAUGAACAAAAUUUUGACAUAGGCUUGCUUUACUAAGCACGUGUCAAAAAUUUAGAUCAUGGUUUAAUAAUAAAGAGGCUGUAGCCCCUCAAAUCAAUUGGCUCUGGAACCCAAAGUCACAAAAUGGCAAAAGAGAGACCAAUAAAAAUGAGAUGGAAUUAAACAAAAUGGUCAUUCUUUACUUGACUGAUAUUGAGUCCAUUCGUGCAUUAUGCUUCUUUGACCUCAAAAGGUGUGUUUAAAAUGUUAAUUUUAACUUCCUCUAACUUCUUAAUUAUUGAGGUGAUCAAUUAAACAUGCGGAUGGCCAUAUUGUGAACUUUAAUAAACUGGUAAGAUGUUUUAAUCCCA